UGUGGUUGCAUUUACUACAUUGUGGUAUUUCGUUUGAAAAUGUUUCCCUUCAUCGCUUCAUUUAUCUCGCCACAUGCCAUUGGUCGAUCCGACAAGCCGUUUCGUUCGACCGUUUCCAUUAGAUAAAAUACCGCCGUGCUAGCGUGCUCUCCUGGACCACCUUCAACCAGAGCAUAGUAAAAAAUGCCUAAAGCUAGCCUGAAAGAAAUGUUCCAUUUCGGUCAGGAGCUUGGACGUGGAUCAUUUGCAACCGUGAUACUCGCCACAGAUCGGAGACCACGGCCGCCAGGAGAACCGCCGACAAAGUAUGCCAUGAAAGUCAUUGACAAGGCAAAAUGCAGAGGCUACGAAGAUCACAUCGUGAAGGAAAUAACGAUCUUGAAACAAAUCAAUCACAAAAAUAUCAUCAAGUUGCAUGAAUGUUUUGAGACAAAGGAUAGAUUGUAUUUACAGAUGGAGUAUGUGGACGGUGGAGAGCUCUUUGACCGUAUCUUAAACCUGGGUUAUUACUGCGAAGAUGACGCAAGAAAUAUUGUGACGGAUACCCUAGAAGCUGUCCAAUACCUCCACGCACAAAACGUUGUGCACCGGGAUCUUAAACCCGAAAACUUGUUAAUGUCCUCCAACUCUCCAACUGCCGAAAUCAAGCUGGCGGAUUUCGGGCUCUCGACAUUCAUUACGCAAGAUAACAUGCUCAAAACAGCCUGUGGAACGCUCACUUAUGUGGCGCCAGAAAUACUUGCGGGCAAACGCUAUGGCAAGCCUGUCGAUAUGUGGAGCAUCGGUAUUAUUGCAUACAUAUUGUUGUCUGGAUACCCCCCAUUCUGGGCUGAGGAGGAAGCAACGAUUCUGGAUUUGAUGCUCAAAGCCAAAUUUACAUUUCCCUCCCCAGAUUGGGAUGAGAUUUCAUCAUGUGCAAAAGACUUUAUUAGGCAGUUGUUGCAGCCGGACGUUGCGAAACGACUCACGGCCGAGCAGGCACUCUCCCAUUCCUGGAUCAUACACGGCAGGAAGCCGCUCGCACCAGUUGAGGACGGAACGCAUGAACGAGUCAACUUGAGAGAGCGGGUUGGCGGUAAUUUGAGGAAGCAUUUCAACGCAAGGCGCAUGUUGAAGGUGGGGUUAGAUACUGUGUUUGCGGUGAACGCCCUUAGUACAAUGGGAAAGUUGCGAUCACCAUCAGGGGAAAAGUCUCCUGUGUUUGACACGCCUACUGUCCUCCCGAAAGAUGAGGAGAAUUUACAAGAGAAGGAAGUUCCGGGAGAUCUAGGGUAGCCGAAGGCAGAUAUCUUAAACAUUACAUAUACACACUCUUGUAUACAAGUUAAACUAUAGCGGACCAACACAUCUAUACAAAAAGGAAAAAUCAUCCUCCCA